AUGUCCGACGUCGUCGCUAAGUCUGGCAUCACAACAGAUGCCAAAACCGGCGAACGAUACAUCCCCGCCUCAGUCCGUCCCGAUGGAUCCAAGCGCAAGGAAAUUCGCGUUCGCCCCGGCUACAAACCCCCAGAGGAUAUCGAACUCUACAAGAACCGAGCAGCAGCGGCAUGGAAGACUCGCGCUAAAGGCGGGGUGCCAGGUGCCGAAGCUUUGAGCAGCGAAGAGGACAAGGCCAAGGUCGCACCGAAGCCCGCUACUGCGGCAGCAGUCCCAACAACCGCUUCGAGCAACAAGAAUGCCAAGCGCCGUGAGGCCAAGCGAAACGCGAAGGAUGCCGACGGCGUAGAGGGCAAGGGCAUAGACUCGAACAAUUGGCGUGCCCCACCUGCUCCAACACCCGCACCUGCACUCAAGGAAGAACAGCCUGUCCAGGAGCCGGUUAAUGUUGAGGCUGAAAAAGAGAAGAAAGCCCGCAACUUGAAGAAGAAGCUCCGCCAGGCGCGGGAUCUUCGCGAAAAGAAAGAGCAGGGAGAGGGUCUGUUGCCCGAGCAGUUGGAUAAGAUUAUUAAGAUCCAGGAACUUGUUCGGCAGCUGGAUGUACUGGGCUUCGACUCCAACGGUGACAAGAAGACAGGAGAGAGCAGUGAAGACGCUUGA